AUGAUAAGAAUAUUCCAAGACACUUUCAACCUAGAUGCCCUGACCAAUGAUGAUGCUGAAUGGGACAGUAUUUCAACAGAUGGAGACAGAACUGACUCUAUACUUGUUUGUCCUCCACCAACAUCUGGGUCAGUGGCAAGAAGGAGUUUUAAUUCUCUGGGGAAAAAACGUGAACUCAUUCAGGCAAAUGCAUUCUGUAGAUGUACAUCACCGGAACAAGGGGAUGAUUUCACUAACUGUGAUGACAAGAAAUAUAUCUUAGAUCCUCUGUAUAAAGAAAGAACAAUGAUAGGAUCACAUGUAAAUGUGGACAGCCUUCUGAAACUACGUAGUAUACGAGGCCCUGAUCCAUUACCAGCUCGUACUCCAAAGAGAAACCCUGAAAUGGUUGUAUAUCAUGAUGCUGAUGAUGAGAGAUAUUACCAAAAUCCAACUUUCAUGUUGGAUCAAUUUUUGUACAAAUUUGCAAAGAUGAAGCACAUGUCAAUUCCUCAAGUGAGAUGUGCCAUUUAUUCGAAGCACAAUUUCCAGAAACUUACAAAUCUAAUAGCUGCUGAGUUAAAUCAUGGCAGGCAGGAAAAUCUUCACACUCUGGCUAUUGAUUCAUCAGGUAUUCCAGUGAAAGAGAACCGGAUCCCUCAGCGACAGCUACUGUACGAAAUUGCAGCUGCAAUGAAGGCCAACAUGAGAGAAGUAUUGAAGAAAGAAGUGAAACCUGUAAUAAAGUUCUCAAAAAAGUACACACUAGAAUGGUACACUAGGCAGCAGCCUGAUGCAGAAAUACUUGUCUAUGAAGAUGAUAGUCGGCUCAAAUCAAGCACAGAUGUGAGGAUAAGACAAAAGACAGAGUUGUCUGCAGCUGAUGCUGUGUUCCCAUCUGCUCACUCAGAUUCCCAUAAAGGAUUGAGGGAAAGUGAAUCCCAGAAGUCUGAUGCUGAAGAUGAACUUGUGACCCCUGCAGAAAUGGCAGUUCUAGACUGUCUAAUUACCGGAGGGGCAGCUCUCAGUUUCAAAGCUUAUUUCAUAGAGCGAUUACCAGAUAUCUCUCCAGUGAUGACUACAUUGACGUAUCUGAAUCUGAGUUUCAAUAAUUUUAAGGUAGUGUCUCCAGAAGUUAUGUACUUGAGUAACCUGGAGGUGUUAAAAAUGAGAGAUAACCCACUGGUGGAGAUUCCUGCGAACAUAAACAAACUUCAAAAACUGAGAGUGCUCACUGCUUCUUUUUCUCUCAUUACAGAUCUCCCCAGAUCGCUGUUUGACUUGCCAUGCCUGGAAGAAUUGAGUCUUGCCUACAACAAGCUGACUGUCAUGCCACAUAUCAUGUGCCACCUGAAAUCUUUACAUACCCUGGAUCUUGAAGGUAACCAGAUCACGGCUCUGCCUGCAUCUUGUCUGCACAUGGAGAAGCUGACCCAGGUCAAUGUUAGAAACAAUUUCAUGCAUCCUGUGUUCUGGAAGGAGAAUAAUAGGAACCAGGCUCAGAGUCUCCUGGACCUGGCCUGUGUUGCCGUCAGCAAGUUCAGGCAUCUACACAACCUCCAAAAUGUGCAAAGUAACAUUAGCCAGAUAUUAGUGAGAGAAGAAGUUUGUGACAUAUGCAAAGGGCCUGUGUUUGGACCUGGAUUACGAGCCAUUAGACCAAUGCCUAAGCUGUUCUCAAUAGCAUACAUGCCAAUCAUGUUCCGGGCAUGCACCCCUCACUGCCUCCACCAUUUUAAAAACAUGAGCAAGGAAGAGCUUUAUGCACUUCUGUAUGGGGACCAAGCAUCACAAGUCUGA